AUGGAACUCCACGACGAUCAUCUCCGCCGCUCGCCGUCGCCGCCGCCGGCAGACCACAAGCUCCCCCUCGUCGAAACUGGGCCCUUCCUCCCCCUCUCCUUCCCCAAUGGCGCCCUCAGGAAGAACGGCCACCAUGUCGUCUACAGGGAGUGCAUGAAGAACCACGCGGCGGCGAUGGGCUGUCACGCCGUCGACGGCUGCGGGGAAUUCAUGCCCUCCGCCGCCUCUGACCUCGCCGACCCGGCGUCGUUCACCUGCGCCGCCUGCGGCUGCCACAGGAACUUCCACCGCCGGGUCCUCCACGCCGGUCCUCUCGCCGCCGCAGUGGCGACCCGCCGCCAUUCCCACCGCAGCGAAAGGGAGGGAGAGGACUAUGGCUACCGGAGCUCGUCCACAGCGCCCCAGGCGCAAAUGCUGGUGGCCUUCAGCGGCGGGCUCCGGCGGGGGCCGGCUUUUGAUCCUUCGCCUCCUGCACAGGACGGGGCGGCGCCGCUGAGGAAGAGGGCGAGGACCAAGUUCAGCGAAGAGCAGAAGCAGAGAAUGAAGGAGCUGUCGGAGCGGCUGGGGUGGCGGAUGCAGAAGGGGGACGGAGCCGUGGUGGAGCGGGCAUGCCGGGAGAUUGGCGUCAGCCAAGGGAUCUUCAAGGUGUGGAUGCACAACAACAAGCACAUCUUCGUCGGAGGUUCCUCAUCGAGGAGAGGAGGAGGGGGUGUAGCUGGCGGCCGCACCGCAGCAGCCGGCGGCAGAGGGACUGAGAACCAGGCUCCCAGUGACAGGACCGAUGACGACGACGGCGGCCCCGCCGCUGGGCGUGUGGCGGAUAGCCCACCCCCUCUCUGCUAG